AUGAAUCUACAUGCACGAAAGCUGGAGCGAAAUAGGGAAGAAGUGCGGAAACUAUCGCUAAAUGGUGGGAACCGGUUCUGCAUGGACUGUGGGAUGCGAGGUCCACUGUAUGUCGUUAUCAACUUCCGCAUUUUUGUCUGCACCACCUGCGCUGCCCUCCACCGCUCGCUGCAGCACAAAGUGAAGGGCAUCUCCAUGACGGAGUUCACCGACGGGGAGGUGAUCGGCCUGCGCCUCGGCGGCAACGACAGAGCCGCGAAGAUUUGGCUGCACAACUACAAGCGGAAUAAACCGCCCAGCGGCAACGUGGCGGCAAUCAAGGAUUUCAUCAUUAACGUCUUUGAUGACCGGGCGUAUUUGAACCGAGAGGAGUUGGCUCAAUUUCAGAGUGAACUCAAAACAGCAAUAAACACCAAUUCGGAUCUCCCAUCCCACACAACACUGCCGCCACCACAGCGGUCGGUCUCUCAACAAGAGAAGGCAACAGCAACACCGCCACAGUCGUCCAUACGAGUGGGAGAGACACCAAAAAAGACACCAACAAAAAGACAAACGCAAACACCAGAGUCUCCAAGUUUGAAAAAACAAGAUGUUCAUUCUGUGCCAGAUUCACAGAUAGAUUUCUUUACCCAAUCUACUACACCACAAGAGCCACAACAUACUACCCUCAAUACAUCCAAUGAUAACGCAAAUGAUGAUUUAUUUGGUGAUUUUUUCACGGCUGCGGCACCUCCUACUAGUUCCACUCAACCAGUUCCCAGUGCUCAAGAGACAGUGGCGGAUUUGUUCGCCUCUGCUCCACCCACACAAGUACAGAAUAAUGUAAUGUACCCGGCUGCACCACCAGGAACGAAUGUAAUGUACACUGUGCCGUCAGCUCCACAAAUGUAUCCUCCCGGGACGAAUCCAUAUCCAACGAUGAUGAUGCCAACUCAACCUGGUAUGCAAAAUUAUAUGGGUAUGAACCAGGGGGGAUAUGGCUAUAUGCCAGGUGUUGUUUACCCUAAUCAACCACCAGUACAACCACAACCUCUACAGCAGCAGCAGCAGCAGCAGCAAUAUUUUUAUCAACAACAACAACAACAACAGCAGCAAUUUGUUCACCCUAUGGCUGUUCCCACAGCCCCAUCUGUUUUUAACAAGGGACCGGGUGUUCAUGAUCAACAGUCUUUUGUAGGUGGUGUGCCACCACCUACUACGAAUAACACAAACUUUUUUCAAACAGUUCCCACUGCUAUGUGGGAAAACCCAACUGCAGCUGCACAGCCAACGACAGAGAUAAAAGGAAAAAGGGACGAACAAGAUAGUAAUGUAUUCGCCUCCCUAAACCCAUUUGGUAGUGCUCAGUGA